UAUUUUAACUUCAGUAUUUAUUUUAAAUGUACAAUAUACCUACGGAACAUUUAGUUACAGUAGAGAGGCACUCCUGGAGAUCGGUAAAGUUCACCAUGAACUUACCUUUAACUUUCUUUCAUGCUCGUACUCCACCAGCACCAGCCGGGUGAGCGGCGCAGCCAACGAACAGAGCGGCCAAAGCGGAAGCAGGGCAAGAGAGGUACAUGUUAGGCUAAAGGCUAGGGCUAUGCGGCCACUUCAACCUAGCCUGUUGCUAGCUAAUGUUUGCUCCCUCAAAAACAAGCUGGAUAAGCUGAGAACCAGAAUAACAACUCAGCGUGAGAUCAGAGAGUGCUGUGCUCUUAUUCUCACAGAAACGUGGCUCUCGGACAGCACGCCAGAAUCAGCGAUCCAGUUAGAAACUCAGUCCACCGCGGGGACUGCACGGCAGUGUCGGGGAAGAACAAAGGCGGCGGUGUCUGCAUCUAUGUGAACAACAGGUGGUGUUCAGACGUAAAGACUGUUGAAAAACACUGUUCAGCUGACUUAGAACUGCUGAUGAUGUGAAGUGCAGACCCCUCUAUCAGCCGAGAGAGUUCAGCGCUGUGUUUAUUCUGGCUGUUUACAUCCCACCACGGCGCUAGGGCUGCUGCAUGGCGCCAUUAGUAAACAAGAGGCCGCGCACCUGGACGCCGUGUUCAUUGUUGCUGGCGACUUCAACCACUGCAACCUGAGGACUGUCCUACCCAAGUAUCAUCAGCACGUGAGCUUUCCGACGAUGGAGAGCAACAUACUCGACCAAGUCUACAGCAAUGUGAGGGGGGCUUACAAAGCUGUGCCAUGGCCACACUUCGGACUGUCUGACUACAUCUCCGUGUUCCUCUACCCAGCAUACAGACAACUCCUCAAGCAAGCACUUCCAGUGAGCAAAACUAUCAAAGUGUGGAAUGAAGAAACUGAUCUAGUGCUUCAGGACUGCUUUGACAGUACAAACUGGGAUGUGUUCAGAGCUGCUGCUGUGAGAGAGGACGGUACUAUUGAUCUAGAGGACUAUGCUUCUGGGGUAACGGGUGAAGUUCGGUCCAUGCUACAUGCUUGUCAUGCCGCAUUUCUCUCAGGCAACACUGGAGACUACAAAAGGUCCAGAUACGACCUGCGUAGAUCUAUCAGAGAGGCAAAGAGACAGUACAGGCUAAAGCUGGUGGGCUACUACACCACCACGGACUCCCGGUGCAUGUGGCAAGGACUGCAGCACAUCACCAACUACCAACAGACCAGCAGGGUGGUCACAACCAGCCACACUACACUACCUGAUGAGCUGAAUGAGUUCUAUGCUCGCUUCGAGACCCUCAACCCUGGCCGACUGAGAGACAUUAUGACCAAGGAGAGCACACAGAACACAUCGCUCACUGUGACAUCAGUGGAUGUGCGCAGGACCUUGCAGAGAAUAAACCCACGGAGAGCAGCCGGCCCAGACAACAUCCCCGGGUGUGCACUCAGGGUUUGCUCAUCAGAACUGGCUGGCAUGUUUGUGGACAUAUUCAAUAUGUCCCUCGCGCAAGCUGUUGUGCCAUCCUGCUAUUUCAUAAAUACAUAUAAGCACAAGUUCAGGUUUCAGGCCAUGAAUGAAACUGAAGAAAAUUAUAAACAAAUAUAGGCCUGCACAAGGUCAUAAAGUGUCACCUGAAUAAAUCUGUUGAUUUUGGCGUGCCCAGUAGUGCCGUGGCAUAGACACUCCAAAGCCUUCUCAGCAGGACGGAGGGCAGCCUUGACUUGUCUCUGUGGAGAGAUGACUCACUAUGAGGUUGUGUCUAG